AUGGUGCUGCUGGCCGGGCCCGGGCCGGAGGGCGGCGGGGCGCGUUGCUUGUCCCCGCAGCCGCCGACCGCACCCCGGGGCGCGGAGACCGGGGACGACCCAGCGGACUACGAGGAAUACGAGGACUUCUCGAGUCUGGCCGACACCCGCAGCAUCGCUUCGGACGAUUCCUUCUACCCUCCUGAAGGCGAGGACGAGUGCAGCGAGGUGAGCUCGGACAGCGUCUCGGAGGGCUUCCCGGAGGCGGCCACCUUCCUGCGCGCCGCCUGCGCCAACGACGUGGGGCUGCUGCAGGCGCUGGUGCGGCGGGGCCCGCGCGUCGAGGAGGUGCAGGAGACCGACCGCAACGGCCGGACCGGCCUUAUUGUCGCCUGCUACCAUGGCUUUGUGGACACUGUGGUGGCCUUAGCCGAGUGCCCCCACGUUGACGUCAACUGGCAGGACAACGAGGGGAACACGGCCCUAAUCACAGCUGCGCAGGCAGGGCACGCCACCAUCACCAACUACCUGUUGAACUAUUUCCCUGGUCUUGACCUUGAAAGGAGGAACGUGUUUGGCUUCACCGCCCUGAUGAAAGCAGCUAUGCAGGGCCGGACAGAGUGCGUCAGAGCCCUGAUGCUCGCAGGGGCUGAUGUACACGCCCGGGACAGCCGCCGUGGGAUGUCACCCCAGGAGUGGGCUGCUUACACAGGCAGGGUGGAGGCCGUCCGACUCAUGCAGAGGCUGCUGGAGCGACCCUGCCCUGAACAGUUUGGGGAGAAGUACAGGCCAGAGUUGCCGCUGACCCCGGAGGCGGUUCUGAAGCCUGCAGCCUCCAAAAACUGCUUGCAGAGGCUCGCUGAAUUCGUGCGGUCCGCACUGACCUCGCGCUCAGGCCGGGGCCUGGAGGAUGGGGGCGUCCUUGACCACAUGGUCAGGAUGACCACAAGCCUUUAUAGUCCCGCUGUGGCCAUCGUCUGCCAAACUGUGUGCCCUGAGGACCCUCCCUGUGUUGGAAAAAGGCGGCUGGCAGUGCAGGAAAUCCUGGCUGCUAAGGGGGACCAGGGCACCCUUGCCCAAGAGAGGGACGAGGCAGAAGGCGCUGAACAGCAAUUUCGGACUUCUGAGGUGGUGGGGGGCUCCGGAGAGGAGGCUCCGAGACUCAGUCCCCCGUCUCCCUACCUGCCAGGGGCCCAGGGGUCAGCCUCUGCCCGGCGGAAGGCCAGCCUCCUGCCCCUGCAGCUCCUGCGCCGGAGCAGUGUGCGGCCGGGUGUGGUGGUCCCCAGGGUCCGCAUCAGCAAGGCGCCUGCGCCCACCUUCCAGCCAGAGCGCAUAGGCCGCAAGGGCAGCGCCAAGGACAGCACCCACCUGCAGAUCCCCAAGUGGCGGUACAAGGAGGCCAAGGAAGAAAAGAAGAAGGCAGAAGAGGCCGAGAGGAAGCGCCAGGAAGAAGCGCAGAAGGAAAAGCGGGCGCCGCGCUGGAGGAAAAGGACGUGAAGGGGUCGGAGGGCCUGUGUGGGGCCAGCGCUGCGCUGCGGGGGCGCAGAGCCCCAGCGGGAGAAGGGCGGGGGCGCGACCUUGGAAAAGGUGGAGAAGCGCAGGGGAGGCUGCCCCCGGCUGGGCGCUCAGAGGUGCGCCAGGCUCCUGCAGUGCGCUCCUCCAGCGCUGCGCCGCCUUCUGGGAUCCCAGGAAGUGGUCAAGUGUUCCCAAGAGGGAGCUGGGAACAGCACGUAUUGAUUUGCCUAACCCUCCUUCCUCUAGCAAUCAAUACACCUAGCGGGCAACACACCUAAUGUCUCCCUUUAGAGAACCUCGAUUAAGAAUUUUUAAAAACCAAUUUAUCAAAGGGUGGGUUUUUUUUUGUUUUUUUUUUUUUUUUUUUGCAUAAUUUUGUACUUUUAAUCAUCAUUUACCAAUCUGCAGCAUUUUACAGGUGAUGGGACUGUUUGUAUUUAAGGCAGUUUUAAUAUAUGAGUCUGAAGACCCCUGGUUUAAAAUACUGUAUCUAGCAAUAAACAUUUGUGAGAGCUGUAUGAAUUCACACAAUUCAGCGGAUUCUCCCUCUUUUUGCCAUUGGUUUUGGCUUUGCUUUUCCAUCUCAUUGUGGGUGCGCUUUGGCACUAGAUUUUCCUAUUUGAUUAACUGAUGCUGAAUAUUUGUUUUUAUUUGAUGGAGGCAUUGACUUUUACAGCAAAAUGAUCAAAUGAAAUAGUUCAGAUUUCAGUGUCUUAUUUUAAAACUCUCUUGUUCAUACAGUUAUAAUAAUGAAAAUCAUUGUCGAAUUAUUAGGAAACAAUGCAUUAACUGCAUUUCUUGCUAGACUCAUUUUAAACAGGGGCUUUGGAUAAACUGCCUAGGAAAUCUUUUAUUGGAAAUAAGAGAAAAAUUGUCUUUUAAUAAGUGGGGUGAGCUUAGCAAAUGAUUACUGGAAAUACAAAAUUAAGUCAUACGUGCUCUUAGAUAAGUCAAAUCUGUAUAUCCUUAAAAUAUAAAAAUGCACGAAAGAUAGGAUCCCAGAGGGAUGGAACUGCUGAAGGGGGCAGGAGGGUGAUUUUUAGGAACAGGAGGCUAGAACUGAGUUUUAAGCAAGCUUGUUUUGGGCAAAUUUCUAGGAGUAUUUGGCAUUUUCAGGGCAGCCCUCUCAUCCAGGCUCAAGUGGAGUUUACUUUUAUUUCUCCUGUGAUGAUUGUCCCUGAUCUUCAGCACGUCCUUAUGCCAACUGUGUAAGAUGUCCAGGAUGUGGGGACUUUGGCAGGACGCCGAUGUGAGUUGCCUGGGCCCUGAGCUCUCAGGGGGAGUUUUCUGUUUAUGCUUUUAUCUCCAAAGACUGAGAAAUUCUUACUGGAUCUUAGAGUAUCUGUUACACAUGCACUUUAUUUAAAUAUUUAAUUGAAAUACUGGGAACCAUGGAUUUAAAAACUAUCAUAGACUGUUUGGAAGCUCUUUACUAUAACCCUGGAUACGUGCUAUCUGUCUCGUGAUGCAGGCAGUGAGUGGCUCUGGGUUCUCCUUGUGACUUCCCAUCAGCACCUUCGGGAUGUUGAGCAAUCAGGGAUCUCACACUAGCCCUUCCCCACUUAUCAGAUCAUAAGGUUGUGUCCAGGCUGAUGGAGAGACUGGUGAGAUAAAAAUACCGUGUUUCAGAAUCA